AUGGCAUUAAAUGAAAAUGGAGAGAUAGUUAGAUCUGAGUUUGUUGUGGAAGGACGAAAGCAGUCUUUGGUCGAGAUUAGAGAACGAACCAAAAUCUCACUGACUGCAAAAACACAGACAUUCAAACGAAGGUGGAAACGCCGGAAGUUUAAAUAGUUGCGCGGUCGGGAAGUUCAGAUGUUGUCCAUUUCAAAAGUUAAAGAAAGAUGAACUUAUUCGAGAACUGAAUGCCAGAGGAAUCUAUGAAGGGGAGUCAAAGAAAGAGCUUGAGAAGCUUUUGAGAAAGGAACUCCACGGCGUUCAGAGAGUACCUGCUUUGCUUUACAACAACCCAACAGCUACCCUGGAAUCCAUCAACUGUGACAAGUAUGAAAUACUUAGUUUUGAACCCCUCCACGACAUAGGCAAACACAUUGAAAAUGUUCUAGCUGAAUUCCCUUUUCAUCUCCCAGAAAAAGAAGCUGCUGCUGUGAAGGAGGUCAUCAAUUGCUCCAUUGGUGGUAAGGAUACCAAGCGCACAUUUGAUUAUAGAUGUGCACUUAUUAUCCUUGCAAAACAUUCCUCAAAGAUAGUAACAUCCAACAUUGUCCAGCAACUAUUGACCACCUUGGUAGAAAUCCAAAGAAUUGCUUACAGUUCGGAAUCUGAGAGGACCCCCAAAUCAGUCCUGCGUCUUCACAACAUGACAUGGCACCAUGGGAUCUUGUGCAGAGAGGUGUUUGGUUUCAAGCUAAAGGAACUGACAACGCGCAAAUUGUAUGGCAACUACUACCACAACAUCACCAGCCAUGCUGCUAUGCAGCAUCGACUAAUUAAUGGCAAAGCCUGUAAUGUUGAAGAGCAAGAACGGAUUUUCAACACCAUCACCAACAUCACCAA